AGGAUGUAAGUCAGAAUAUAGCAGAAAAUGUGCACCGAGCGGACUUCUUGGACAAACCUGUCCACUAUUCAGAAAAUAGCUUUGGGCCUUGGCAUCCCAGCCAGUGCAACAAUUUUCUAUAUCCUGUACCGCAGGUAUAGGGAGAGCAGAGAAGAGCGACUGACAUUUGUCGGAGAGGAUGACAUCGAGGUAGAGAUGCGGAUUCCCCAGGAGUCUGUGAAGUUGAUCAUUGGCCGGCAAGGUGCCAAUAUUAAACAGCUGCGGAAGCAGACAGGCGCUCGGAUUGAUGUGGACACGGAGGAUGUAGGUGAUGAGCGGGUGCUGCUCAUCAGUGGUUUUCCUGUUCAGGUGUGCAAGGCCAAAGCCGCCAUCCGUCAGAUCCUGACAGACAAUAACCCAGUGUCUGAGCAGCUCUCAGUUCCCCAGAGAUCUGUGGGCAGAAUCAUAGGGAGAGGUGGCGAAACGAUUCGUUCUAUCUGUAAGGCCUCUGGAGCCAAGGUUACCUGUGACAAAGAAGCAGAAGGGACAUUACUGCUGUCGAGACUUAUAAAAAUCUCAGGAACACAGAAGGAAGUGACAACAGCUAAGAAUUUGAUCCUGGAGAAAGUGUCAGAAGAUGAAGAACUUCGUAAGAGAAUUGCACAUUCGGCAGAAACCAGAGUUCCACGAAAGCAGCCAAUCAGUGUAAGAAGAGAGGAAGUGGCAGAGCCAGGUGGAACUAGAGAGCCAGCCUUAUGGAAAAACACGAGUUCUAGCCUGGAACAGGCUGUACCACCGGCUCUCCACAAAGGAGGUGGCGACAUGGCUGUUGUAGGGUCACAGCAAGAAGAAAGUUCCUGGGAGAAAUUUAAUGGUGCUGAUGGCUUCGAGGAGGAGUCUGGAGCCCCAGCCAAUCCAGAGAUGUCCAUGUUUGAAAUCCCCAGUCCUGACUUCAGUUUCCAUGCUGAUGAGUACCUCGAAGUCUAUGUCUCAGCCUCUGAAAAUCCUGACCACUUCUGGAUCCAGAUCAUCGGUUCUCGCAGCCUGCAGUUAGAUAAGCUUGUCAACGAGAUGACCCAGCACUAUGAGAACAGUCUGCCUGAAGACUUGACUGUGCGAGUAGGAGACAUUGUCGCAGCACCUUUACCUACCAAUGGGUCCUGGUACCGUGCCCGAGUCCUUGGCACCCUGGACAAUGGGAACCUGGACCUCUACUUCGUUGAUUUUGGAGAUAAUGGAGAUUGCCCACUGAAAGACCUCAGAACUCUCAGGAGUGACUUCCUAAGCCUUCCAUUUCAAGCAAUAGAGUGUCGUCUGGCACAGAUUGCCCCCUCGGGUGAACAGUGGGAGGAGGCGGCUUUGGACGAGUUUGACAGACUCACUCACUGUGCUGACUGGAUACCUCUGGUGGCCAAGAUCUCUAGCUAUGUCCAGACUGGGGUCUCAACCUGGCCGAAGAUCUACUUAUAUGAUACUAGCAAUGGGAAGAAACUUGAUAUUGGAUUAGAAUUAGUUCGCAAAGGCUAUGCAAUUGAGCUUCCUGAAGAUGUGUUAGACAACAGAGCUGUCCCUGAGACGUUGCAGAAAAUGGCCACAGAAACAGAUGUCUCUCUAGGCAGCUUGCUUACUGAGACCAAGAGCCCUGGAGAGAUUGCACAUACCCUAUCCUGCCUCAGCUUAUCAGAAGCAGCCUCUGUGUCUGGGGAUGAUAACCUUGAAGAUGACUACGUAUUCUGAAGUCCAUGCUUCCCCUGACUUGGCCAUCUGCUUUGCUGUGUG